CACUAGGACCCGGGGCCGCAGCGCCGCCGAAUCUCCGCCCGGAGAACCAGCCUCGACCAUCACCAGCGGCGCCGGCGUCAGAGGCGGAGACACAGAGACUGAGACCGGGACCGGACCGGUCAGCGGCCGCGGGGAGAGUCCGGACAACAGGAGACGGGGAGAGAGAGAGAGAUUCGGACCGUGUCCGGAGGGAGAGGCCGAUCAGCACGGACACUCCCCGAAGGGCAGCGGCGUUAACGUCCCCGGACCCUGGACCCUCUCUCUGCCCCCUUGACCCUCUCCUCCGGCCCCUCUCUGUGUCCCGGCCUCUCCGGCCCCUCUCUGUGUCCCGGCCUCUCCGGCCAUGCCCGGCUACGACUACAAGUUCCUGGAGAAGCCGAAGCGCCGCUUCCAGUGUCCGCUCUGUAACAAACCGAUGCGGGAACCCGUGCAAGUGUCGACCUGCGGCCACCGCUUCUGUGAUACCUGCCUGCAGGAGUUCCUCAGUGAAGGUGUGUUUAAAUGUCCGGAGGAUCAGCUGCCACUAGACUACGCCAAGAUCUAUCCCGACCCUGAGCUGGAAGUUCUGACCCUUGCCCUCGUCAUCCGCUGCAUCCACAGUGAGGAGGGAUGUCGCUGGAAUGGGCCCAUCAAACAGCUACAGCCACACCUGGCCACCUGCCCGUUCAACGUCAUCCCCUGCCCCAACCGCUGUGCGGUCAAGUUGAGCCGCCGGGACCUGGCCGACCACCUGCAGCACGACUGCCCCAAGCGGCGGCUCAAGUGUGAAUACUGUGGCAACGACUUCACUGGAGAGGGGUAUGAGAACCACCAGGGCAUCUGUCCCCAGGAGAGUGUCUACUGUGAGAACAAGUGUGGAGCCAGGAUGAUGCGGCGUCUCCUCUCGCAGCACUGCCUCAGCGACUGCCCCAAACGCACGCAGCCAUGCAAGUUCUGCGGCAAGGAGUUUGUGUUUGACACCAUCCAGAACCACCAGUACCAGUGCCCGCGGUAUCCCGUCUCCUGCCCCAAUCAGUGUGGGGUCGGCAACGUUGCCCGUGAGGACCUGCCCCACCACCUGAAGGAUAGUUGCACCACUGCCAUGGUCCUGUGUCCAUUCAAAGAUGCUGGCUGUAAGCACAGGUGCCACAAGAUGGCUUUGGGCCGGCACAUUGACGAGAGUGUGAAGGUCCACCUGAACUUCAUGUGCAGCCUGGUUGGCCGGCAGAGACAGGACAUCCUGGAGCUUCGGCGGGAGGUGGAGGAAUUGUCGGUGGGCAGCGACGGGGUCCUCAUCUGGAAAAUCGCCGACUACUUGCGCAAGAUGCAGGAAGCCAAACUACGCAACAACCACGAGUUCUUCAGCCCUCCCUUCUACACCCAUCGUUACGGUUACAAGCUGCAGGUCUCCGCAUUCCUCAACGGUAACGGCAGUGGCGAGGGAACGCAUCUCUCCGUCUACAUCCGUGUCCUACAUGGAGAGUAUGACAACCUCCUGGAGUGGCCCUUCUCCUUCAAGGUGACCUUCUCCAUUAUGGACCAGAGUGAUCCAUCCCUCUCCAAACCCCAACACAUCACCGAGACUUUUAUCCCAGAUCCCAACUGGAAGAACUUCCAGAAGCCCCUGAACUCCAGGAACUCCAUGGACGAGAGCAGCCUAGGCUUCGGCUACCCCAAGUUCAUCUCUCACGAGGAGAUCAAGAAGAGGAACUACAUCAGGGACAACUCGAUCUUCAUCAGAGCUUCAGUGGAGAUCCCACAGAAGAUUAUUGCCUGAACGCUGGGCAGAUGGACACAGACAAGGUUAUUCCUUUAACAUUGAUAGCUUUCCCUUUUCUUCACAUGUACUGAGAUACAACAGGAGGGCCAUGGUACAUGUGGGAUCUUCCUGCGCUAGGAACAUUGCCACUGUGAGUGUGACUGAUGGCACUGUGCUUGAUCGGUGGGGAUGCCCACUUCAGGGAGACAUCAAUACCUGCACCAUGUGACCAUUUGUCUAAUCUCUCUAGACGGAGCUCAUGGCCCCUGGCUGCUCCCAUUGCAAAGGGUUGCUCCAGAACACGUCCCAGCUCAAUGUGGGCUGCUGGAACAGCCCUGGACAUGUCUUUGCAUCUUUGGGCUUCAGGCAGCUUUUAAACUGUGUGCACUCGUGUUUGAGGAUCAGUAACAAGGUGACAAGCAACAGAACUGUGUGUGUGAGAGGUGUGUAAGAAUAAGGGCUCCGCCAUUUAGUACUGAGAUGAGGAAAACGUUAUUCACCCAGAGAGUUGUGAGUCUGUGGGAUUCUCUGCCUCAGAAGACAGUGGAUGCAUUCAAAAAGGAGUUUGAUAGAGCUCUUAGGGUUUGCUGAAUCAAGGAAGCAGGAACGGGGUACUGAUUGUGGAUGAUCAGCCAUGAUCACAUUGAAUGUCGGUACUGGCUCGAAGGGCCGAAUGGCCUCCUCCUGCACCAUCCCAUGUGAUGGUCACUGAUGUAGGCUGGUGAUUGGUGCUACACAACGUGUGUUUGUCGUGGGGAGUAUGAUCUUGUGGACUGUAAUGUAAGCUGCCUAGUGUGGGCAUCUCAGGUGAUCAAACAUAUACCAGCCUUCACAGUUAGCCUUGUUACUGUGCCUGGAGCUGGCCAUGUUACCCAGUCUCACAGUUACCAUGUUGAACAUGCUCAGAGAAAGAUCCUAGGUCCAUAAGUGAUAGGAGCAGAAUUAGGCCAUUCGGCCCAUCAAGUCUACUCUGCCAUUCAGUCUAAUUGGCUGAUCUAUCUCUCCCUCCUAAUCCCAUUCUCCUCCCUUCUCCUUAUAACCCCUGACACCUGCACUAAUCAAGAAUCUGUCUAUCUCUGCCUUAAAUAUAUCCAUUGAUGGUGUCCACGAGCUUCUGUAGCAAUGAGUUCCACAGAUUCACCACCCUCUGCCUAAAGAACGACAGAUUCACUGGCCCAGCCAUACUGACCAUGCAUGGAGUAAGUCCUGCACCGCACAUGGUCCCAUUACAAUGUUCACUCCACAGCCAACACAUGCAACUGAACCUGAGCAGCUAAAACACAGAGUGCUGGAGUAACUCAGUGGGACAAGCAGCAUCUGUGGAGAGACGUUUCAGGUUGAGAACCUUCUUCAGACUCUGAAUGAGUGAAGUGUGUCACCCAUUCCUUCUCUCCACUGAUGCCGCCAGUCCCGCUGAGUUACUCCAGCACUCUGUGUCCUCUCUAUCUAUGGGCAGGAGGGAUGUGAUCUUGUCGUGAGGAGCACAGGACUCUUGUUGCUGGACUAUGGUUGGUUGUAGAAGCAUCCUUUGACAUGCUCUUUAAUGAACUAGGGAAUGGCCACAUUGAGAGAGGUGAACAGGUAAAGCUUCUAAUGUAUAAAACAGUGAUAUUAGAUGGUUAAAGAGCAGUUUGUUUCUUUUUUAAUUACUCUCUCUCCCUGUUUACCCCCCCCCCCCCCCCCCCCAAUAGUCGGGGUCUCGUGCCCAGUACAGACAACAUCACGGGCAAACUGUUUCUACGCCAGUGUCCAGUCACCAAUUUUUCUAAAGCUGAAUAUUUUCCACCAAAUGCCCCUUGGACUUUAUCUGUUGUUUGUAUCUAUGGAGACGGGAGUGUGAUUGUGAGACUGGAGCUGGUGUCAUUCCAUUCUGUAGGUGAACAGGAACAUUGCUCCUGUCUCCAGAAACUCCGUCUGUGAUUCUCCAUCGAUAACUCUUUAUUUUUGACCUGUUGUUGAUCGAGCUACAAAACCAGAAUCAGAGAUGAUUUGCCUUUCCAGAAUAAAUCAUGUAUUCAUA